AAGACUGGAAGACUUAUGCAAAUGAAAUGCAUAAUGUGAUGUGAAUUAUGCAGAACUGUAAAGAUAUGUAUAAAUUAUAUUGACCGAUUUAAGAAAAAAUAUAGCAUUAUAAUGCGAACUCAGUUACAGAUACGUAAAAUUAUGGCCUGAAAAUUAAUAAAAACGUGUGUAAAUACACAUCCUUCAUGUAUUGUGCACGAUCAUAUUUAUUAUAUUGUAAUAGAUGCAAAAUAAAUAAAAAAUAAAAUAUCAAUAUUAGUCAUUUAUUUAUUUAUAUAAUAACGAUAUCUUUUCAACAAACUAAUUUGAAAUUAAAUUAAAAUCAAUGAAUCAGUUUUAUUUAAAAAGAGAAUAGUUGUAAGAUAAAGAUACAACUCUCUUUGAUAGUAUGAUUGUAAAAGAAUCAUAAAUAUAUUCACUGUCAUAAGAUAUCUUUCUCAAGGUAAUGUCACCUAUCUUAUGUAAUAUUCCAGUCAUAUUCCCAACACUUUAGGUAAAAUAGUAGAUUUUAUAAUCAUUUCUUUCUGAAAAUUCUAUAAUAAAAAAAAAUUUUCUUUUAUCACAAAAGAUAAGAAUUCUUAUCUUUUAUUUACACAAAGAAAUGAAAGUCUUAUGAAAUAGGAAUCAUGUGAAAUAUUCUAUUAUUAAUAUUCAUGUACAAGAAAGAAUUUAAUAAUUUUUAAUACAAAUAAUAGUAAUCAACUUAAUGACAAAUACUACUAAAUUACAGAAUGAAUAUAUUAAAAAGAACAUUAAAACAAAAAUUAAUAUUAAGUACAAUUAUUGGUGUAUGCAUUGGAAUUUUAUUAGGACUUAUUCUUAAAACUGUUACUCUUCAACCAUGGACCAAACGAAAUAUAAUGUAUUUAAGAUUUCCUGGAGAACUAUUCAUGAGGAUGGUAAAUUGUUUAAUAUUACCUCUUAUAACAUCUACUAUAAUAAGUGCUACUUGCGACUUGAAAAAAUCUGGUCAGAUUGGAAAAAUGGCAUUAUAUUAUUAUAUGACAACAACAUUACUUGGGAUAGUAUUAAGUGUUACACUAGUUCAAACAAUAAGACCUGGUGAUUUACUUAAAAAUAAAAAUAUUUUGACACAAAAUGCAACCAGAUAUUCAAUGACAAUGGAUACAAUUUUAGAUUUAUUUCGUACCAAUUGAUGAAUGGAAAAUAAGCCACACAAAUACUGCAGGAACAAAUGUACUAGGAUUAGUAUUCUUCAGUUUAAUUAUAGGAUUAGCAAUUGAAAAUAUAGGUGCAAAAGGAGAAUCUUUAAUAAAUUUUUUUAGAUCUUUAUCAGAUGCAAUGAUGAAAAUCAUGAGUUGGACAAUAAUGUUGGUACCAAUAAGUGCAUUAUUUCUUAUUUGUGCAAAAAUUCUUGAAGUGGAAGACUUUGACAGCGUAAUAAAAAGACUUGGGAUUUAUAUCUUAACUGUAUUCAGUGGUUUACUUAUACAAGGUUUCGUAUUACUUCCUCUAAUAUAUUUCAUAUGCACUCGUCAAUCUCCAUAUAGUAUUAUAGCUAAACUUGGACCAGCUUUUGUUACAGCAUUUGGUACAUCAUCAAGUACAGCUACAGUUCCAGUAACAAUAUCAUGCUUGGAAAGUAUUGGAAUACCUUUUAAAAUAUCUAGGUUUAUUGUACCAAUUGGUGCUACCAUAAAUAUGGAUGGUAUAGCUUUGUACGAAAGUAUCGGUGCAAUCUUUAUAAUUCAAUUACAUGGUAUAACCUGUACCGUAUCAUGUAUUGGUGCUGCCAGCUUACCCAGCGGUGGUUAUGUAAUGUUAAUAAUGGUAUUAAAUUCCGUGGGAGUUCCAAUAGAAGAUGUUUCAUUGAUUAUUGCUAUCGAUUGGUUUGUAGAUCGAUUUAGAACCACCUUAAACAUCAUAGCAGAUGCAUUAGGAGCUGGUAUAAUAAGUCAUUAUUAUAAAAAAGAUAAACAAACUUCUGUGCCAGAGGAAAUGGAAUUAUACACUUCCGCAUAAUAAAUUGAAAUUAUAAUUUAAUUUUUAGUAAAUCAAAAAUUGGCACAUUUGGAACGUAAAAAAUAACGUUAAAUUUUGUUGAGAAAAUACACUCGUUUAUAAAUAAAAUAAUGUUUGUUGCACUUUAUAUUUUGUAAAUUUUGAAUUUACAAUCAAAGUGGAAUAAACAUUAUUUUAUAAACGAGUGUAUUAACGAUAUUUUAAAUCACAGUUCAAAUCACUUUAAAUUUUAACGUAUUUAACAUAUUAAAUAGUGUCGAAAGAAAUUCAAAUUCUAUAAACAGUAAUGUAACUUUUUAAAAAUUACACUAUUUUAGUAACAUUGACAAUAAUAGAUUAUAACGGACUACACGAUCUUGUAAUGUAAAUAUUUUAUUACUAUCUCAUUUCCUUUUUUUAAUAUUUAAUUUAAUUUUAAGAACUUUAAUCUAAUAUUUAAUUUAAUCUUAAUUUUAAGAAUCGUUUUGUUCAAAAAUUACAUAUUGAAUUCAAUUGUAUUUUAUUGUACCUAACGACCCAAGAGAGUAAAU